AUUCACUGUCUUGAUCUUGAAAAUUUAGGAAAUAUUUUUAAAAAAUAUUCAAUUUAUGCAAUAAUUUAUUGUGCUGCACUAAAGCAGUUGAUGAAUCAGUACGAAAACCAAUUUUAUACUAUAAAAAUAAUAUUGGUUGUUUACUUAAUUUACUUACGUGUAUGGAAGAAUUUAAUGUUAAAAAUUUUCUUUUUUCAUCAUCAACUACUGUCUAUGGUACACCAAAAUAUUUACCACUUGAUGAAAAACAUCCAUGUAUUGGUGAUGCUAUUACUAAUUCACAUGGUUAA